GUAAAUCAAAACAAGCUGAAGACAGCAUAUCUGCUUACACAUCUAGGCAUACAGAUCAGCAUGGAGAUCAAGCCAGCGGUGAUCCUCGUGGCCUGUUUGUUAUUCGGUAUUAGCAAGAGAGGCAGUGCAGCAGGGUGCAGAACUUCAGAUCUUGUUGUGACCUCGCAGACCUACCCGGAUCCGGGAGGAAGGCCAGUGCAAUACUGGAAGCUGGUGAACAACUGCGGCUGCCCACAGAAGAACGUGAAGCUGGCGUGCCUGGGAUUCAGCUCUUCCAUCGAGGUCUACCCAGACACAUCCAUCAAGCCGGACGGCGACGGCAAGCUGUGCUCCCUCUACGGCGGUCGCCCGGUUGGGCCUAAGGAGAAGGUCUUCUUCGACGUUCACUCGAGUACCCAGUUCAGCUUCCAAGUCGUCUCCUCCACCAUUGUAUGUUAGAUAUACUGCGAAUGAUGAUAUCAAGUCAUAUCAAAACUAUGUUUCCAUAGCGACAGAAACGAUAUUUCUGAAUAAAGCUCUUUGUUUCCGACAUAGA